GGUGCGAACUAACCGCAAUCACCUAACCGCUUGGCACGAACGCGCGCGUAUCCACUCCUGCGCAUAGCGCGGCCGUUUGAAUAUCGAACGCUCGAUUCGAAACAAAAUAGAAUCGAUUUAAAGUGGAUUAAUGCAAGUGUAGUGAGUGAUGACCUGUAGGUUGUGAAAAGUUCUUAAUAGGAAUAGUUGAUACGUGCACCAGUCAUGACGGCUGACGCGAAGAAUCUAGAAAACAGCAUAGCUGAAAAGGCUAUUAAUGGCAGCGACUUAAAUGGAACCAAUGUAAUUAAGAAUAGCUUUAAUAAAGAAAAACUCAAUCAAGACAAAAAAGAUGUGGACGAAUGGGAUGAGUUGGACAUUUUUCAGAAAACGAAACGAGUGAUGUCCAUGAUUACUGUAGAGCCGAUUUUAGCAUGUUACGUGAUGCCAUCCGUGCUGUCAGCUUUAGCAACUCAGAAUUUAUAUUUGGAAAAAGCUUGUAGAGUUAAUUUAGGGUUCGACCAUCACGUGUGUGAUGCCUUAACGAGAAGGGAAACUGCUAAUUAUACUCUUGAAGAGGAAGCAGUUCAGACUCUAGUUGCUUCUGUUGCCGGCUGGAAGACAGUGCUGCAGUCAUUCUUGCCAUGUGGAAUACUAAUUUUUUUGGGAGCGUACAGUGACAAGAUUGGACAGAGAAAAUUCUGCAUGCUGUUACCAAUCAUUGGAGAAUUUCUGACGAGUAUAGGUUUGAUUGUCAAUACCUAUUUCUUUCAUCAGCUGCCGGUUGAGGUUGCUGCAGUGACUGAAGCUAUAUUCCCUGCCUUGACUGGAGGGUGGUUCACGAUGUUUAUGGGAGUGUUUAGUUAUAUCGCGGACGUCACUACAGAAGAACAAAGGACGUUAAGGAUCGGUGUUGUGAAUCUGUUUUACUCAGUCGGAGUGCCAGUGGGGGCUGCUCUCAGUGGGAUAUUGGUGCGGAAAAUUGGACUCUAUGGUGUGUUCUCGUUGAGUGCUUCGUUAUACAUUUUGAGUUUCUUCUAUGGCUACUAUAGGAUCAAGGAAGUCAAGAGGCCUGACUUAAAUACGAAACCAGCGAAGAACUGUUGCGAAUGGCUCCGCCAGUUCUUCGAUACGCGAUACGUCAAGGAAACCCUCAUGGUAGCCUUCAAGAAAGGGCCGAACAAAAGGAGACUCCGGGUCAUCAUGCUUGUAGUGGUGCUGUGUGUGGUCAUUGGUCCUAUUUAUGGUGAAAUGUCGGUGAUGUACUUAUUCACCAGAUACCGGUUCAACUGGAACGAGGUGGACUUCAGCAUGUUCUCUACUUACGCGAUGUGUACUUCAUUAGUUGGAACUUUGUUCUCGGUGGGAGUGUUCAGCCAUCUUUUGAAGUUCGACGACGCCAUCAUCGGAGUUAUAUCUUGUACCAGCAAGAUCCUGGCCGGGUUUAUGUAUGCUUUUGCUACCAAAACCUGGCACAUCUAUAUAGCCCCAUUGAUCGAGAUUUUCAAUGGAACUUCUUUCAUCGCUAUGAGAUCUAUGGUCUCCAAAUUGGUUGAAAGAGAUGAGCUGGGAAAAGUGAACUCGUUCUUUGGAGUAGCCGAAGCUAUGAUGCCUUUAGUGUACGCUCCUAUGUACACUUCAGUGUAUACAGCUACCAUAAAAACCUUCCCUGGAGCCUUCUUCCUUCUUGGAGGUGGACUUACAGUUCCUGCCGUGGUGAUAUUCUUGUGGUUAUACUUGGCGAAUAAGAAACAUGGCCAGCCAGAGAAGUCGAACGCGAACGCAGACACCAUCGGCAACGUCGAAAAUAAACCCGAAAAAGCUGGCAUAGACAACAAAGCUUUUGAAGCUGAGAACCACGCGGUUGACCAUAAAGCUCCCGAUGUUCAUUCAAACGCUGGUACCGAUACCAUAGAUAACGUAAACCAAUCUCAAAUAGAAAUGGGGUUCACUGAAAGUAUGAUGUGUACCAGUAAACUUUAAGGUUUAAAAUAAACAAAAGAUUAGUGUAAUGUUGGGACCAUGAUACCGAAUUAUGAAUAGUUGGUAUUUAAACUUUACAAUACAAACGUAGGUAUUAAAACUUUACAAUACAAACCUAUGUUAAUAGCUGAUUAAAAUUUGACCGAUAUAAAGUUGUAAACGAGGGUAAGUCUCUGGCAAACAGCGAGCAUGAGUGGCGUGAAUAAGUAUCGUCGUUUCUUAAGCUAUUGCUUCGCGUCUUGUCGUGUCGUGUUGUCAAAAAGUUCUAUGGAGACAUCGAACAGUCAGCGUCAUAUAUUUCAUGACAC